AUGUAUACCAUGUCCCUACUUCAGUGGAAGAGCAGCAAUGUAGUCAUGUGUAAGUUCUUCCUAACGAGUUUGGAUGGAGAUACGAGAGGAUGGUUUUACGGACUCCCACCAGGAUCGAUUGGCUCAUACGAUACAUUGGUCGAAACCUUUCUCGAGAACUACAUGCACAACAGCAAGGCUCGGCCCAGAGUCAAUAGAUUAUUUACGCUCGCCCGAAGGUUCAGGGAACCCCUCAGGACUUUGACGGAACGAUGGAAAAAGUUGUGCACCGAGAUCGGAAAAGUCUCAGUCGAUCAGCAGAUAUUUGGAUUCGAAAACGCCUUAGGGAAGUCGUACUCAAUAUGGAUAGCCAUGUUCUCGGAAAAUCCACAAACCUUGAAGCAAAUGAGGAGAAUGCAGGAGCACUACAUCGCCCUGGAAGGAAUACACGAGGAAUCAAAAUAUAGGGGAGUGCAAGAAAUAAGCGCAGCAGAUCGGGUGACCACAAGCGAGGCCCCUAGACGAACAGAGAAGCGACCAGACCCCCCACCGCGAGGGGCGGGAAAGAAGGAAUGGGUCGAGAAAGGAAAGAUACCCCGACAUGAGGCGAAAGAAUACACCCCUUUGAAUGUCCCAUUAGAAGAAAUUUUUAAACAAGUCGAAAAAAGGAAUGACAUUAUUUACCUUGCUUCGAGAGGGGUGCAGUUUGAGGAAACCAAGGAUCACCCCGAGUACUGCCAUUAUCACCAGCACCGAGGUCACUCAACCAAUAAUUGCCGAGGAGUGAAGGAUAUCGUGCAUCACUUGAUACGUGAUGGAUACCUGAGACAAUUCAUCCGACAUUCAACCCCGACCAUCGUCACAUCCGAUGCCCCGGUUCACCAAGUCAGAAUCGACAGGUCCACCAAAUUCUUAUGCAAUACCAUCUCACACUUGGCUACUCAAGGAUACGAUCUCGGCUCCGGAAUCACGUCGCGUAUUCACAAACGGGACCGCAACGUCAAGGAAAUUUUCAGCAUGGCCAAGACCUUGCCAAUGGAACCUUGGAUGAUGCAACCCAAUUCGUUCUCCGCCAAGGACCUCCCCAUGAAUGGACAGGCCCACGGUGACCCCUUGGUCAUUACCCUCAUGAUUGAAAAGUGGGGUGUAAGAAGAAUAUUGGUGGACAGUGGAAGCUCGGUCGAGGGAGAGGUAACUUUACGGGUAUCGGACGGAGGGGGAUACCUCGACACGCUAACCACAUUUUGCGUGGUCGAUGUUGUCUCGCCGUAUGAGGCGAUUAUCGGAAGACCUUGGAUCGCCGGAAUCAAGGGUGUGGCCUCGGCCUACCACCGGAGACUACGGUUCCCAACGUGUAAGGGAGUGGUGGAAGUCAUCGGCAAUUCUCAGGAGGACCGACAAUGCAUGCAAGUCGACAUCCAGCAAAAUGAGGAACGACGCGCAAGGCAAAGGAGAGAGAAGAAUAAGGCAAAGGAGGAAGAGGCUGCACAGGAGUUAGAGAAAGUAAUCUCCCAAGCAGUCAUGGGCUACGAGCCAAAUGGACGAGGUGACUUAUAG